AUGGCCGCACCGGAGGCAGGGACCGCCGCAGCUGCAGCUGCAGCUUCGCCGGCGGCCAGCAACUUCUCAGUACCACUAGAGUGGAGCUCCACAUGGAACCUCUUCGACGAGCGGCACACGGGGUUGGUGUCGCACAUCGACCUCAAGCACAUCCUGCGCAGCCUCGGGCGUCGCUACACGGAGGCGGAGCUCAACGAUCUCCUACGGCCCUUGCCCAACCCCGCCUCGUACGACGCAUUCAUUAAGCUGAUGCAGCAGCCGUACACGGGGCCGACCGAGGAAGACCUCGUGACGGCGCUGCGCGCCUUCGACGUCGGGGACUCGGGCCGGCUGAAGCUCUCCGAACUCAUUACCCUUCUCACGACGCUGGGGGAGAAGAUGCCGGAGUCCGACGUGCGGCAGCUACUCGCCGAGGUGCCGACCGAUGAGAAGGGACGGGUGCGCAUCGACGAGCUGGCGACGUACCUGUGCACCCCCGUGCCGACCACGACGCCCGACAUCAUAGAACUGCAGAGGCAGCUGGGGCAAGCGCAAUCGACACCUGGCGCACCCGUGGCCAAGGGCAUCUAA